AAUCUAGAAUCUAAUAUAGGAAUAUUUAAUCUCUUUUGGGCCAAAAACGGUGGAUUUGUAGUUGACUGUCACGGACUUUCGACUCCUUGCUUUCCCGGGUCUCACUGUCAGUUGAGAAGCGACGAGUUGACGCCCGCUCUCAAUGAACGGAUCUUGUUGCUAGUGCGCGUUGAAGCAUACCUGCCUCCAAAGCUUGCUAUGAUGAGGGCAACCGCUGCGCUUGUACUGACUUUCUCGGCCACCUGUUUUGGAGCUCACGUCGCAAUUGCGGGCUUUCACCAGCCCUUACAUGUUGUACCGAGGAACCGAAAACCGAUAGUGUCUUCUCGUCAAGCCGUACGACUCCAUUCUUCCGUCAGAAGCGUAGCAUCACCGCCAGCACCCCCGCUAAACGUGCUGGAACGAUUUACCAAGAGCGUUAAUACCGGUGCAGAAACGGUUUCAAACUAUGUGGAGGUUGGCUGGAACAAGGCCGUCUCUCGUGCUGCGGUUAUUGGAGGAUCUACUGUUCACCAACUUGCGCAUCCAUGGGUUGUGCCGACGGUAACGGCCAUGUUGGCGUUUGGGGUACUGGCGUCCUACCAUUACAAGCUGUAUAAGCAAGAGACUUCGGGGGUGUCAACUUGGAGGAGUACACAGGCCAACACACGAGUGGAAUGGGCAAAACACGUUCGGGAUACGGAAAACUGGAUAUACGCCACCCAGACAUUGCGAAACGCUAUUACUGCCAAUGCGUUUCUUGCCACAACGGUGCUCUCACUACUCACUGUAAUCACGGGGAAGAUUGUACCAAUGAUUAAGGAUGGUGUGGGUCGAAGAACAAUUACUCUGCAGUUCGUUUUUGUUUCCUUUUCCAUGCUGUUGUCGGCUUACGAAUUCCUUCAGUCUGCCCGUCUCAUGACGCAUGCCGGGUUCAUGUUUCCAGUCACGAAAAAUUCCACGAAAGUGGAUUCGAUCAUGCGCAAAUCGCAGAACGGUCAAUGGCUAGGUCUUCGAUGGCUGUACCUGUCGCUCGGCUUUCUUUCUUGGCUAGUCGGAGGGGGGAUGGUGUUUUUGCUGUCUGCCUUGUUGCUAACCUCGUUCUUCCGGCAAAUUGAUCGUGUCCCUUCCAUCAUUGAUGAAGAUACAGUGCAUGUGAUCAUUUAAACGGGAAAGAUGAUUGUAAGGGCGCUGUCGAUUUCAAGAACUGCAUGACGUCCGCAGUUCCUAGAGAAAACAAGGCACAUGUAGAAAGGGGUUUUAUGCAGUAGCAUUUUUUUUGUCCUAGCAGGCGCUUUGCAUACUUUAUCUUUUAAGAGAAUUUUGAGAUGGUGAAGAGCUGCCAGAUCUCGAUAUAAAAAUGUUACCUGGGUUGCUUUCGAUCUUUGUGGCAAGAGCAGGCACAUUGGUUUUCCCUUGCACUCGUGCUGCCUUUACCUGUUUUGCGGUCUCCAAAAGUUGUCUCGUACAGUUAACUCUAAGAAUAGUCAGAAUAUUAUAGU